AUGGGUUUCGAGAGGUUGACUUCUGUUCUUCAGAACAAAAUGAGCAACUAUGAUACCGAUGUGUUCAUGCCUAUCUUUGAUGACAUCCAAAAGAUAAUUUUGGAACCUCUAGUUGCCACGGGAGCUAGGCCAUAUUCUGGAAAAAUUGGUCUGGAAGAUGUUGACAGAGUUGACAUGGCUUAUAGAGUGGUUGCUGAUCACAUUAGGACUCUAUCCUUCGCUAUUUUCGAUAGCUCUCGUCCUAGUAAUGAGCACCGUGAGUAUGUUCUGCGACGUAUUCUUCGUCGAGCAGUUCGCCAUGGAAAGGAGAUCCUAAAAGCUGAGGAAGGAUUUUUCAACGGACUCGUAAGUUCUGUUAGUCGGGUGAUGGGACAUGUCUUUACGGAGUUAAAGGAACAUGAAAAAAAGAUCACAGAGAUAAUCAAAGAAGAGGAAGCAAGCUUCUGCAAGACAUUAGCGAAGAAACUGUUUGCCUUUUAUUUUCAAAAUAAACUGUUCUUGUCUUUGCAGGAUGCUUUUAUCUUAUGGGCGACAUAUGGAUUCCCUGUAGAUUUGACUCAGUUAAUGGCUGAAGAACAAGGGUUGGUGGUUGAUGUUGAUGGUUUCAACAAAGCCAUGAAAGAGGCGAGGGAUAUAUCGAAGAAUGCCCAGAAUAAGCAAGCUGGUGGUACCAUUGUCAUGGAUGCUGAUGCUACAUCAACAUUGCACAAGAUGGGUGUUUCAGCAACAAAUGAUUCUUUCAAAUACAUUUGGUUCCAGGGUCACGAGAGUGAAUUAAAGGGUAUCUACACUGGCUCUGCUUUCCUGGAAAGUUCUGCCAGUGGCGAUAAUGUGGGACUAGUAUUAGCGUCUACAAGUUUCUAUGCUGCGCAGGGGGGUCAGAUUUUUGACACAGGGAUUAUAGAAGGGUCAUUUGGUACAUUCAACGUAUGGAAUGUCCAAAUAUAUGGGGGCUUUGUUCUUCAUAUUGGUAGUCUUUCUGCAGAAACUGGAGAGGUAUCAGUGGGGGAUAAAGUAACGUGCAAGGUAGUUGACUAUGAGAGACGUAAACUCAUCGCUCCUAAUCAUACUUGUACGCAUAUGCUGAAUUUUGUCCUGAAGGAAGUGCUCGGGGAUCAUAUUGAUCAGAAGGGCUCAAUAGUUCUUCCUGAAAAACUACGAUUUGAUUUCUCACAUGUAGGUAAGCCGGUUGAUGCUGAAGAGUUGAGAAAGAUUGAAUACAUAGUGAAUACACAGAUAAAGGAUGAAUUGGAAAUCAAAGGUCUAAGAGCAGUGUUUGGAGAAGUCUACCCUGAUCCUGUCAGAGUGGUGGCAAUUGGGAGACGGGUAGAGGACCUCUUGGAUGACCCUGAAAACGAUCAAUGGUCAUCACUUUCAUCCGAGUUUUGUGGACGUCAGUUUCAACUGGUAGGUUACUUGGACCAAGAGAUUCUUUUCUGGAAAGAAUAA